AACCUGAAAAAAAUCAGAUACAGUAAGAAUCAGAAUACGCGUUAGCUGAUUCAAAACAUUAUUCCGUGUUCGAGUACUUUCAAAAAAUCAUAACUGUUUAAAAAUGAAGUCGUUCUGCGCGUUAUUUUUAAUAUUUUUCAUCAAAGUAUGCCAUCUGGAACAAGUUUCCAGCCAAACAAAUGCUAUCAAGAUACCAAUAUCAAGAAAUCCUCUAACGCCAGAAAUGCUGAAUGAUUUUGCAUGGGAAUUGAACGUACAACGACAGCAAAAAACACUCAAAAAAAAAUCUAAAGAACCAGAAAUUCCUCUUCGAAAUCGCCUGAACCUCGUAUACUAUGGCCCUAUAUCUAUCGGAACUCCGCCUAAAAAACUGAACGUACUUUUCGACACCGGAUCACCUAUACUAUGGGUUAUGACGGAAAAAUGCAGUACUUCAGCCUGCGUCAAUAAAAAAGUAAAUCACACAAAAUACGACCAUAAAAAGUCCAAGACGUAUGAAAAAACCGAAAAAUCUAUAAACCUCACCUAUGUAAUCGGAUGGACCUAUGGAAAAUGGGCAUAUGAGACCGUUACACUUGGUAAAAUUCCUGUAGCGAAGCAAAUUUUUGUCGAAGCCACCGCCAUAUCAGAAGCGGAUAAGCAAAUUGCAUACGACGGUAUCCUGGGACUAGGUUACAACUACACAAGUCCCAAUAUGUUUGUUCCGAAACUUUGCAAACAAAUAAAAGACGAUAAUAAAUUUUCCUUCUAUUUCACUCCCAAUUUAACGAGCCCUACAGCUGGAGAAUUAACAUUAUGUGGUAAAGAUAAAUCCAAGUUCAAAGGUAAAUUGCACUACGUUUACGAAACCAAGCCAGGUGCGUGGAGGAUCCCACUUCAGAAGGUCACGACACCAAUUGGACGCAAACAUAUUACAGAAGUAUCUCCGAAAUCGGCCGCUUUGAUGGAUACUGGCACAUCAUUCAUCCUGGGGCCAAGCAGGGCCAUUAACUUCAUUUAUGUACUGCUGAAUUCUAAACCAUCGAAACAAUUUAGUUACAUGAGAGAGGUUGAUUGCAAAGGUGUCGACGAUCUUCCAGAAAUAUCGUUCAAUUUUGACGGCGAAGAGUUCACACUUUCGGGAAAAGAUUACAUUAUAAAGCUCGCUGGCAUUUGCAUUGUGGGAUUUGAUUUCUCCGGAGAUCAAGAAUGGACAUUGGGAGACAUUUUCUUCAGAAAGUUUUACGCCGAAUUCGAUAUGGCCCAACAUAGAAUUGGAUUGGCUGAAAGUAUACACGAAGAGUGAAGUUGCGCAUUCUAUCGAUUUAAAUCGUUUUCAUUUACUUGAAUAUGGAGACCACGUGCAUUAUCAAGCAACCGUUACAUUUUUGUACAGUAUUAUAGGUACCUACUUGAUUAGGGUACCAGUAAUCAUAACAAUUAAAAAUGUUUACCUCAACGGUGAACUUUUGAGUUGUUCAGUAAUUUGUAAUAAAUGAUUUUACUUUA